AAAAUAUAGAAGAUUUCAUUCGUGAAAGAAGAGUCUAAUCUGGAAAGACACAGCUAGAGCUAUAGCAUCUGAGGAGCAGUAGCGAAAAGAUUAUAUGGGUCACCUCAUUCUCAUAGUCGUAGUCCUAUUCGUACUUUCACCAGCAGUCCUUUUUUUUAUUAUAGCAAGUUCGAGAGCGUUCAAAUGUCUAUAUUUUCGGUCGACUUUAUAUCCAGUUUUCGGAACCCCGAGGAGUGCGUCGUUCGGAAACUCGUACCAUUAGCCCCCUUUGAUGCCGAGAUCGUGAAGCACAAAGCAUUUUUCUGUAACUCGAAGAGCAGAAACUGAGCAGAACCCCAAAGUGUAACGUUAUUCGUAGCUCGCGAGGUCCAGUCGCGAGCGACGAGAUACGUUCUUCCAACGACCGUAAAAAAACUUAUCAAACUACUCGAGACUCCUCCAACUACUGUCGUGUAAACGCGAUCGAGAACGACAAAAAUACUCGCGGUAUUUUUGAAUAAGAUUGUCAUCCUUGUCAAGAACAACAACAUCUUGUUCUGCAUCCUCCUUCCCACGACGAAAUGCGUCCAUAUUGAUCUCCCUGUAGUAAAAACUUCCGUGGCCUCUGACGUCUUCGAAGAAGUCGAAAGAUGUCCUCUCCCAUUACCGGGUCUUCCUCGGCGCAAAGUAGCACUGCGCCGUUUCAUGACGUGAAUGAAAGCAGUACCAGCGUUUCUGAGUUCGAUACACUAGCCAGGAGGCGGCAGUACUCAGUGCAGAGAGCGCAUGGGCAUGUGUUGGAUCUACAUGAACGUGAUGCAAACACUCGGUACUCAAGCAAUUCUACUUCGACGAUGCGGAGGUUUUCAACAUCAAAAAUAAUCCGACCUGACAGUGAUACCAUGAUCAUGAAGCACAAACAUAAUGUACUUCUGAGGGCGAGCGAAGAUGACAGAAUGACUACAUCACUACAACGAAAAAAUUGGGGCAAAACUUCCACAGCAGCUUGGUCCUCGUUGUUUUACCUUUUGAUCACUGCGUUUUGCACGCCGUUCUACGUGCUUGCACAACAAGCUCUAGGACAACAGCCAGAGGUCGAUAAGGAUCAGCUGGAUCCCCAUAUUCACACACCAAAACGCCGCCACGAGAAGGUGAAAUGGAUUGAGCUCGUCCACCACACUUUUCCAGAGGGGAAUUUGACAGAUCAUGCCCUCGCGCUUUGGCAUUUGGAGUCAGCGGCGAAUCCAGUGAAUGACUAUGUGCAGCUUUUUCCAGAUGUCGUUCAGCGUUACGGUCAGAUAUGGAAUAAAGAGGCGAUUACGACUGAUCACUUUGAACUCUCCUUUCGCUUGGACGUACUAUAUUCUCGUUGAUGACAGCCUGUUUUCUUUGCGGUUUGUUAGACGAUUGUUCUUGAAGAAGGACAAAGAUCUAUUUUUUUUAUCUGAAGAUGGCUUGUAUCUUCUGUUAGUAAGUUUCCUACCCUCAUAAUUGAAGGUCAAACAAUGUAGUUGUUCUUGUUUUUAUUCAUCUUCUUCUUCAACAUCCAGGUGUUUGCAAAGAAUCGGAUUCCGGAGACGACAGGUGCAGGACUUGGAGUGUGGCUGACGACAUCGAAUGUCAAUGAAUACCUUCGGGGGCAGACAAUUGUGGGUAUUCGUCCAGAAAAUUUGGACGCUGCGAGCGAAUGGAAUGAGGGAGUCAAGGACCUUGGCUUUGACUUCCUUGGCCAUAAUGUGAAACUUCCUGGCUUCGGUGUCGUCUUCACCCUUGAAGAUAGACACGGAAACAUCAGACCCAGUGUGAACUGUACUGCUCCUACUUAUUUUGAUAGAUCAGACCUCACGAAAAUGAAGAUUCUUUUUAUCUUAUGAUUCUUUCUACUUGUGUGACUACCGACAUGGUUGGCAAUAGUACUAGUUUUAGCUACAACUCGUCCCUCCGUCCAUCGUGUGACAGCGAGGCCGUCGAUCCAUUUUCUUACCCGAGUUUAUCCUGUCUUAUCGUAUCUAUCUCGAUAAAGACCGAGACCAAGAAGAAAAGACUAGGGCACAUUAUACUCGCUCCAACUUCUCAGGCCUGCGCACACCUGCGCAUACGUUUGAAAAACUUGAAUAUGGCAAGAACUUUCCGGAAGAUGGGAAGGGUGUCCGCGUCGAUUUCAGAAACCAGCCGUUGGACGUGCGUAUUCAUGUAAAAAAGACGGUCAUUACAGCGGAAUACAAGUUGUACUUUCAUCUUACUAUCCAUCGUUUACAUGUGUCUAUUUUUUGAUUAUAGAGUACUUAGAUUUGUGAUGUUAGAUCUGGAUGAUUGACACAUCAUGAUUGUUGAGUUGAAUUACUUCGGUUAGAAAUCUGGAUUGACUUGUGAUGUGAUGACUUCAUGCGCAUCUUCAUAAUUUUCAACGUUACACACUAAAAACAGCUUACCACAACAAAUAACAUUCGUGCUCUCACUCUAGACCCGCGAGCCAGAGUCGUGACUGGGCCCAUCUGUGUACGGUGAGUGACGUGCCAAAGGCGGGCAGGACCUUCAUGGGAUGGGCCGGCUGGACGGGAAGCCCGAAGGAGCCGGGCAAUACGAGCGGUGACCUUAUUGCCAAAGUCAGCAAAGUCAAGACGUACAACUAUCCGUUCUUUUAUUAUUCGCUGAUAAAAAUUGCGGUUUACUAUCCGUUCUGCUAGUCGCUGAAGGCAGAUUUUGAUUUGCGAUUUCCAUAUUAGCAUAGACAGUCAAUCCAUUACGAUCCGUAUGGUCGCGUACUUCUACUUUGCUUUGCCAUGUUUUCUCAGGUGGAACUUCAAUUUGAACAAUUGGGGCUCGGAAAUGUCUGGAGUUGCGGAGGAUAUCCGAAAAAUGUACACCGAACUGUAUAAGAAAAACUUUCAAUUCAAGAACCAAAGAGAGCAGACCGAAGCGAUUCACGGGGUACUUUAAUAUCUUUUUUUCAAUCUUCGCGUUCGCCCUAGAUCUAGUCCUGCCAGUACUAGCUUCAAGCAACCCUCAUUGUUCACCAAAAUAGGGAUUCUUUAUUGAUUCCGAAAUCGUAAGCGCAAGCGACCCAGUGAAUUAUAAACACGAAUUCUUCAUUUUCAUUUUUACCAUUUCUUGCUCUUGCACCUCCAGAUUUUGAAGAUGCUGAAGAGCUACAUCGUCCAGUCCCACGAGGCCGAGGGCCAGCAGGCUCGUACCUUGUUACACGUGAAAAGUCAGAUGCUGGACAUGGAGGCGAGCGCGAACAAAUUGCGCAAAGAGGUGCACUUUGUGUUGGAGAACGUGAAUGAGGAUCACUCACCAGAAGGUCGAGCGAAGCGCAAGCAGAAAGCCAUCGAGGAAAUGCGUCGCGAAGUUGGAUCCAUUCGCACCGUCAUUAUGCUUUGGUGUAGAAUCUAGAAGAGGUUACAUAGUCAUAUUUUGAUCUCCUCUGUAUUAUAGUAUAUUAUGUAGGAACAUUUCCUUGUUUGUUUCUACUCGGGUCAGGUCGAUUCAGGAGAACCGCGUAGUUGACCGCCUUAGGCUUAGGUGGUCUUCUUGUUACUUACUCAAUUAGAGCAACAUCUUAUUCUUAGUCCAUGAUCGCGUUCAGGAACAGGAUCACGUGGAACAAACAGGCUCCUCUAAUGUUAUCAGCGACAUGGAGAGCGACACGAACAGGUUUGCGGAGGUGUCUGACAGUGUGGCGGCCGUCGCAGUUCGCGGAGGCGAGGACAGUGCAGUGGACGAUGUUGCGCAGCAAACGGAGGACAUCAAGUCCUUGGCGGAGACGCAGAUGUACUAUGCGACCCUGAUGAACAUGGUCGUCAUCUCCACGCUGAUCAUUUUGGUCGCCAUCAUCGGGUCCAAGAUCAUGUACUACGAGAAGAAACACCUCUUGUAAGGUGCAAAAAUGGGGUGGAGUGAAGAAGGAGGUGGUUAUCAUGAAGAAGUAGUCCCUAAUAGGAGAAGGACUACGCGAGGGGGAGAAGGAGAAGAUGAAGAACUAGAUUUUUUGGAGAAAAAUAUCGUUCUUCUGGUGCUCAGGCUCACGCUCAGGUGCCAGGAGACGACUUCUAGACUACACACAUACUGAACGCAUCAACACGGUAGUUAGAGAGCUUCUUAUUUCCAAUUCCAACAACAACGCAGCAGGAUCAUCAGACCCAAGUGGAUCAGACCCAAGUGGACCUUGAUUGUCCAGCGCAGGAGAGGAAAAAAGGGGGUGCUGAUUCCUGAAAAGUCCCAAGAGGUAGAAGGCGAACAACCCAGAUUCAAAUUUCUUUCUUGUAAGAUUGUGGGCGUAUAUCCCUGCGCACACUUUAUUGAACAGGAAUUACCAAAGAAGACCACCCGCCUGUCGCAAUUGCUACCUUACCGAUGUCAUUGUUCAUAGGAGAAAAAAUAUUGUAAUAAUUAGGAUACAAAUAUGGCAAAAACACCUUAUUUCAUUCCAUUUUGAGCAUAACGAUGCCAAACUGUAACCUCUGAAAAACUGUAACACCGUUCACAAACAUUCAUAAUUGACCCAAUAAUCUUCAUUUCAAUUUGCACUUCGCAAGCAAGCAUAGCAGCCUCAAGUUUUGUAAAAAAUUUACUGCACUUGCAACGCUGACAAUAAAAUAUUGUAUUAACAACUAAAACUAGAGCAGAAAGAUGCACCAGAAGUAGCACCGCCAGGUGAAAUAUGGUCGUUGUUUUGAUGAUGCUUCCCUUCCCCAAAUCGUACCCACAUCGUCCGAAGAGGACAUCAGAACUGUUCUUUCAUGAUAUAGCUGUAUCAAGAUGCCAACUGAAGGAAAAUACACCUUGUUCGGACAAGGUACUUAUUUGUUAAAUUGUCAUGGUUUGUGCCUCACUAACCCAACUCAUGAAGUAGCUAGCUUCGCCUAUCCAAAAAUCGAAUAGCUCAACAAUUUUCUAAGAAUUAGACUUCUUACUUGUGCCUAGAAGAUAAUUAAUUACACGAACUUCAUCGCUAGCCUACUCAUGUUCUAUAUAAUGUCAUGUAGCCAGUCGCCCUUGCAAAUUUUGACACUACUUCACUUCAAGAAAAGAAACCUGUGUUGAAUCAUUGAGUAUCUAGUUCCAAAACCUGUGUAACAGGUUCACAAUUGUACUCAAGAUCUACAACUGAGACGAACCCAAAAAAUUGUUGUGCUGCUUGCUACCGUUAUACUAAGUAGUUGUUUCGAGUUGUAUCCAGACGCGAACGCAAGGUAAUAUUCCAAGAAGAAGGAGGCAACACCGACAACUCACUGCAACACGUGAAGAUGAAAUGCUGAGCUCAUAGCAGGAUAUUUCAAUUUGACAAUCGAAUGAAAAAGGACAAGUUUAUUACAAUCGGUGACGAAAGUACCCCAGUGAAAUUACAUGCCCCCGUACGGAUUCCAAACGACAUUCUCCUAUUGACCUACUUACUCGCAAAAUAUCAUUAUCAAAGAAAGCGUCCCCCCACAACUUCAGAUUCUGAAAUCAAAUGCGAAUUCACUCCAAACAAAUCGAGGAACAUCGUUCUCCAUAAACUCCUCAAUCAAGAUGGAUGAAAGAAUUUUUGUACAACUAGCUCUAGCACCCCUACCCUACCUCACCAUGACCCAUAAGUAGAAGACGGAUAGAGCUUUUGUAGCUCUCGGGAUGAAAAAGUCCAGAAUUCGAAUUAUUGUUCUGUGUUUCCUGCCGCCCGACCGAAACAGACUGGAUUACAAUUGCUGAAAUAAAUGGGACAAGAAAUCAAUCAU